CUUCCCUGAAGGUACUCUGCUUCACUGAAUCAUCACUUUUUUGGACACACCAAGGCACCAACUUUGAUUUUUUUAUGGUCUUCAGCGUUUACCAUAUACAGAAAUUUUAACUUUGAUUAUUCAAACACAAACUGCCACCAUUAUAUAAACUAGUGAACUGGCCAAACGUAUGUGCUGAGUGGUCGGUCUUGAACUUACUGUUCUUUGAAACUUGAGACUUGAGAGCAGCGGUUUUGGGGCUUCGGCUGUGUAUUUUUUUUAGCAGGUCGGUGGUUCUGGUACUGGCCUUGAAUUUUGUCAGUCAUUAAAGUCAAUGGGACUUUCUCUUUCCUUACUCUUAUCCACUUGGAAUGAAGUCUUGCACAACUUCUUUGGUAUCAAAAACACCGUUGGGAAAGUUGUUAUUAGGUCCAACAGUUUUGGAACGAAAGGUGCAGAGAUGGCCUUGAGUAUAAAAAGCUUCAAGGAAGAAGAUUCAGAAACCAAUAGCAAGUUUGAUCAAUCUGAUAAAAAGAAGAUGGAGAGGUCAAUAAGCUUCGAAGAUUGGGAUGCUGAGGAAGCAGAGCUUAAAGCAUUUGAAUCAUCUAAAGAAGAAACUUUUAACCGUGAGACUUUAGGUUCAAUCUCAUUGAAGGAUAAAACUCAUGAAGUAGUUCGAAUAAUAAAACCCACGAUAUUGCUCCCUGAACCAGUGAUAUUUUUUUCUCCGAGGCCUGUUAGUGAGCUUGAUGCUGCUGCCACUAAGGUUCAAAAAGUCUACAAGAGUUACCGGACAAGAAGAAAUCUUGCAGAUUGUGCUGUUGUGGUCGAAGAGCUCUGGUGGAAGGCUUUAGAUUUUGCAGCUCUGAAGCGAAGCUCAGUAUCUUUCUUCAACAUUGAGAAAACUGAAACUGCGGUUUCACGCUGGUCGCGGGCUAGAACAAGAGCAGCUAAGGUUGGGAAAGGUUUGUCCAAAGAUGAGAAGGCUCAGAAACUAGCUCUGCAGCACUGGCUUGAAGCUAUUGAUCCUCGCCAUCGUUAUGGACACAAUUUGCAUUUCUACUAUGAUGUCUGGUCUGAUAGCAAAAGUACCCAACCUUUCUUCUACUGGUUGGAUAUUGGUGAUGGUAAAGAACUGAAUCUUGAGAGAUGCCCAAGGAAUGAGCUACAACGCCAAUGCAUUAAAUAUCUUGGACCUAAAGAGAGGGAAGCGUAUGAAGUGAUUGUGGAAAGUGGAAAGCUUGUUCAAAGGCAAACUGGAGUCCUUCUUAAUACCACAGAGGGUUCUAAGUGGAUUUUUGUACUUAGCACAUCAAGAAACUUGUACGUGGGACAGAAGAAAAAAGGUGUUUUUCAGCACUCAAGUUUCCUAUCUGGAGGGGCUACAACCGCCGCUGGAAGAUUGGUAGCUCAUGAUGGGGUUCUUGAGGCUAUAUGGCCAUAUAGUGGUCACUAUCUCCCAACUGAAGACAAUUUUAAGGAAUUUAUUAGUUUUCUCGAGGAGCAUAAUGUUGACUUGACUGGUGUAAAGAGAUGUGCAAUAGAUGAUGACUACAGCUCAUUUAGAGAUUCUUUUGAAGAGUCUAAGCCAAAAGAUGCAGAGGCUCUCCCCACCGUAGAAUCAACAAACACGGAUGCUGUGGAUGUUACCAGGCCCAUCAGUGAUAAAUGUAACAAACAAGAUAGUAUUGGCACCAAUGCAGCCGAUGUGGAAGCACCAGUGUAUGACUUGUCCAGGCGUUUGUCAUGCAAGUGGAGUAGUGGAGUUGGACCUCGCAUUGGAUGUGUGAGGGACUACCCACAAAAUAUGCAAUCACAGGCACUGGAGCAAGUCAAUCUAUCUCCUCGAGUCACGCCUGGAAGCUCAAGGAACUUUGCUCCAAUUCCUUCACCCCGACCUAGCCCAAAAUAUCGUGUCUCACCAAGGCUUGCAUACAUGGGACUCCCUAGCCCAAGGUUCUCCAUUAAUAAUGCCAAUUAGACUUCCUGCUUUUACAAAACUGGCGAAUGACCAUGUUUCUUGAGGUUUGUGGACUGCUGAGCAGCCGAACCUAAUAUAUUCAAGACUUUGGGCAAGUUGAGCACUUCUCGUGCUAACUGAGUUUUGUAUUAUGAGGGUGCUCAGUCAAAUAGGUUAUUACAUUUUUUUGUUCUUUGAAUUGUAUUUACCAUUAACUAAAUUGGGGCCUCUUUCUCAAUUUCUUGCUGUAAGCUGUGAAUAUGAAGUUGCAUUUGUAAUUUUUGGAAAGAUCCUGAUAUUCAAAGAGAGUUCCUCCUG